GCAGAACUGGAGGUGACCAUCCUUCUUCUUCUGCCCUACUCCCUGCAGGCCCCCGGGGACUGAGCUGCCAACCAGGGAUCAGCUGGCCUGCAGGCCAUUGCCUUCCAGGGGCCAAGAGCUGCUCUGACCACCCAAAGAUCCUCUCUCCCCACCCAGGUGCCUCUACCUGACCUCUGACAGCUGCCCUGUGGCCCCAAUCGCCCUGCCCUGCUCUUGCUAAGAGGUUGGGAAGGUCCUGGAAGCUCUGCUGUCCACCUGGGUUACCCUGAGAGCAGAGGCCACACAGGGGCUCAGUUCUGCGCCCCAGCUGGGCCCACCAUGGCACAGCGGGUCCAGGAGGAGCUGGCCGCCUUCUUCUUUGAGUAUGACACUCCCCGCAUGGUGCUUGUGCGCAACAAGAAGGUGGGCGUUGUCUUCCGACUGAUUCAGCUCGUGGUUCUGGUCUACGUCAUCGGGUGGGUGUUCGUCUAUGAGAAGGGCUAUCAGACGUCAAGCGGCCUCAUCAGCAGUGUGUCUGUGAAGCUCAAGGGCCUGGCUGUGACCCAGCUCCCGGGACUUGGCCCCCAGGUCUGGGAUGUGGCGGACUACGUCUUCCCAGCCCAGGGGGACAGCUCCUUCGUGGUCAUGACCAACUUCAUUGUGACCCCAAGGCAGGUUCAAGGCUACUGCGCAGAGCACCCGGAAGGGGGCCUGUGCAGAGAUGACAGUGGCUGCACCCCUGGGAAGGCAGAAAGGAAGGCCCAAGGCAUCCGCACGGGCAAGUGUGUGCCCUUCAAUGACACUGUGAAGACAUGUGAGAUCUUUGGCUGGUGCCCCGUGGAAGUGGAUGACAAUGUUCCACGCCCUGCCCUUCUUCGAGAGGCCGAGAACUUCACUCUCUUCAUUAAGAACAGCAUCAGCUUUCCACGCUUCAAGGUCAACAGGCGCAACCUGGUGGAGGAGGUAGAUGCUGCCUACAUGAAGACCUGCCUCUAUCACAAGACCCUGCACCCGCUGUGCCCUGUCUUUAAACUUGGCUACGUGGUGCAAGAGUCAGGCCAGAAUUUUGGCACCCUGGCUGAGAAGGGUGGCGUGGUCGGCAUCACCAUCGACUGGGACUGUGACCUGGAUUGGCAUGUACGACAUUGCAAACCUAUCUACGAAUUUCACGGGCUGUAUGAGGAGAAAAGUCUGUCUCAAGGCUUCAACUUCAGGUUUGCCAGGCACUUCGCAGAGAAUGGGACCAACUACCGUCACCUCUUCAAAGUGUUUGGGAUUCGCUUUGACAUCCUGGUGGAUGGCAAGGCUGGAAAGUUUGAUAUCAUCCCCACAAUGACCACCAUUGGCUCUGGGAUUGGCAUUUUUGGGGUGGCCACAGUUCUCUGUGACCUGCUGCUGCUCCAUAUCCUGCCCAAGAGGCACUACUACAAGCAGAAGAAGUUCAAAUACGCGGAGAACAUGGGACCAGGGGUGGCUGAGCGUGACCCCGCAGCCACUAGCUCCACCCUGGGCCUGCAGGAGAACAUGAAGACAUCCUGACCUUCAGCCCUGGCUCCUGGCUGGACUCAGCGUGAGGCUUCAGGCAGGCCCAUCGGCGUCUCCCCAGGAAGUCUCCAGCCCUCUCAGCCAAGCAGAUAACAGUUUAUUGGCAGUUCAUGGUGAUGGACCCUAGGAGAGAUCUGUGCAAUUCUGGGCUCUGACUUUAGCCACACACUCCAGGGGAGCCCCAUCCCAGUCUCAGCCGCUCCUGGUUGGGAAGGGUCCCCCCCCACACCUGUACCCUGGCUUCGUGCUUCUCUUUGGGCCCUCAUUAUACAUCCACUGCCUCAGUUUCCCAAUCUGUGCUCUCCAAAGUGGCAGCCACUAGCCACAGGGGACUAUUUAAAUAUAAUUUAAAUAAAAUUGAAUAAAAUAAAAAAUUUAGUUCCUCAGUAGAACUAGCCACUUUCCAACUGCUCAAUAGACACAUGUGGCUAGUGGCUGCCAAGCAGGACAGCAGAGAACAUUUUCGUCAUUGCAGAAGGUUCUUUUGGACAGUUCUGCUCAAGCACUGUCUCUUCCGGGCCUGAGAUUUCCCCGGGGAGUUUACAGACAAUGCAGGCACUUAGGUCCACCCUAGACCUCUCGAACUAAAGCUUCAGUGCUGACCAUAUGAUUCACAUGGACAGUAAACUUCCUGGGCCAUUUUGGGACUUAAGUUUAAGAGCUGCUGCCUUAUAACUUUCUGACUCUAUGCCCCUGAGUGGGUGCCAAACUUAGCCCUAGGCCUGUACCCCCUGGCAGGUACAGGCAUUGAGCAGGGUCUUAAACACCUCAGCAUGUGUGUAAUGUGCCCAGGUAUUACAUGGUGUCUCAUGCAUACAACCCAACAUGCAACACCAUCCACAAGCACACAGCCCUCCAUUCACACUGCAGAUUUGAACAGAAGAGACCUGUGCACACAAUCAUCUGAACACACCUACAGUCCCAGCACAGACACACUGUCUGUGCCAUGUCACCUCCAUGGGGAAAUGCUUUUCCCCAAGUGUGUCUGGCCAGGACAGCACUUCCAGCUGUGAACCCUCACUCACCUACCUCGGGUUGGGGUGGGAGCCUCAGCCGAAUGCUGGGCUUCCUGCCUGGGCUCAGCCCCAGCUUACAUAGCUUGCCUGGCUCUGUCUGAACACCAGGCCUGGGGAAAACCAGGGUGGGGUAUAAUAAAGGA